AUGGCGAUUAUAAAUAGAUUUGCAUCCAUGUUGGUGCUGGCAGCCAUCGUUCUGCUGGGCACGGUUAAUGGUCGUAUUUACCAGACAAGCGAAUCCAUCAUUUUCGAAAUCGAACGAACGACGAAUGGCGCAUUUCUCGCAAAAAACUUCCCCUUUAUUCAAUGGGAUUUCAUGCCAAUCAAAUCUUUCCUGAAUGGCGGUGUUGUCCCUAACUGGCAAAUCCCCUUGGUUGAGCCGACCCCACAAGUUAAUUCGCACAGCAUCGGUCUGCCUCCGCAACAUGGGCCGACUUUUUACAGCUGGUUGCACUAUCCGUUCGUGUACGGUGGAGCCUAUCCUGUUCCGACAAUCGGUUCUAGAACUGAUCCGGCACUAAAACAAGAAUCCAAACAGAACAUUCCUUGUGGCGCUGGACCUGCUAGGGUUCGCAUUGUCAAUGGCCAGGAAGCUGCUGCGAACUCUUGGCCUUUCAUGGUAGCAUUCACGACGCCUGAUGGUACUGAUGUCAGUUGCGGUGGAUCUUUAAUUUCGGAAACCAAAAUUCUGACAGUGGCCCAUUGUUUCGAACAAUUGUCCAUGUAUCAGGUGUCGCAAAUGGUGGUCAAACUCGGAAUGCACAAGCGUAGAGAGAGUGCAGAAUCGCCGGAUGAUGCGCAGAUGACGAGAAGAAUCGGCCGCCUGGCAAUCCAUAAAGCCUUCAACGCCAAAACAUAUUACAACGAUAUCGCCGUUGUCACAAUGGACACGGCCGUCGCUUUCUCGAAAUCCAUUUCGCCCGUUUGCUUGGCACCUGUAAAUGGUGAACUCGAUGUCUACGCCGGAGAAACUGCCACCAUCAUGGGAUGGGGAACGGAAGCACUCGGGGGUACUAGCCCGGCCAACUUAAAGGAAGCUACCGUUACGAUCAUAACGAACGAGGACUGCAGGACAACCUUUACAGACCCUGGUGCAAUUCCUAACCACAUGCUGUGUGCCAGUACCACUGACGCCGAUUCGUGCCAACAUGACGGUGGCGGUCCGCUCGUCGUGAAAACUGAAGACGGUUUAUGGACGCAAGCUGGCAUCGUCAGUUGGGGAGAAGGAUGCGCGGAUCCCGCUUUCCCUGCCGCUGUUUACACGCGUGUGAAUUGGCUAAGAGGCUGGAUUAACGGAAACCUGAGGAAUUGAUAGGCGUCGUUAUUUAUGUACAUCGUCACGCGUUCCAAAGGCUACGACCACGAACCGGAACAAAUGGCAUACGUUUUUGCAGGACAAACCGGAAGAUUUAAAAUAAAUACAAAUCAUAAAUUAUUGCUAUAUAAAGCAACGAGUGAUUUUUGAAAAGUAGAUUUUUCAUGUGCCUGUC